AAGGACGCAAGGGUAAUCCUAUUGCAGUGAAGUGUGUCGUUCCCAUCACUUUUAUCUGUAAAAGUCGACUACGACGGAACUGAUGGACACAGGGCUGGAUCAUCUGUAGUUCAAAGUAAAGCGUCAAACUAGAUAUAUAUCCCCACUGGACACAUAGUUUAAAGAAGCCCGCUCAAUGUAUCACAAAGAGAAGAGCAUCCAGAUAAAAAACAGUGCGUCGGCACUGUACAACAACCUGAGCGUGCUGCGGAUCGCUCCGAGGCAGCUCACCUACUUCACCGUGGUUCAUGCCAAUGUGGUCAACAUGGUCAGCGCGUCCUGGGACGGACUCAACUACUCCCACCGCCAGCUGCAGUCCAAAGAGCCCAACGUGGCCACCAGCACGUCUCUCAUCAUGCAGGCAGCCUUUUGUGUGCUCCCCUCUCGUGAGUUGCUGGUGCUGACCUCCCAGAAAGGCAUUCAGAUGUAUGAGUCUGAUGGCUCCAUCAUGGUGUACUGGCAUGCACUGGACACUCCAGAAACACCUACAGAACAGGCGGUGUUUGCUCGAGGGAUAUCAGCAGUGUGGGAGAAUUAUAUUUGUGUGGGGGUUUCUUCUGGUGCAAUUCUGGUAUUUGACAUCCCCAGUAAAGGAAGCAACAUUACCUUAUCCGAGGUUCUUGAGGAGCAUAAUCAGUCUGUUACUGAUAUGGCGUCGGAGUGCUCGGGCAGCCAGGAGUGCAUAGCUAAUCUGGUCACUGCAGAUGACGGGGGAAACCUGUGUGUGUGGAAGUCUGGGGAGGAAUUUCAGUUGCUCAAUAAGAUCCCUGGUUUUGAUAUGAGCUGCUCAUCAGUCAAGUUGUGGAAAGGCACAGUGGUGGCGGGCUACGGCACGGGUCAGAUCCGCCUCUACGAGGCAGUGACAGGAAUUCUACACGCUGAGGUCAACGCUCAUGCUCGCUGGAUAUACUCACUGGACAUUGCCCCUUUUUCUGGACUGCUUUUGUCUGCUGCUGAGGACUCUCUGGUCAGAGUGUGGCAUCUAUCUAUGACCCCGGAGACCAACACCGUGGAGGUGGCUCAUUUGCAUAACGAAUGUGUGACAGACACCCAGAUCUGUGGCGCCAAGUUCUGUGACGGUGAUGGUUACGCCUUUGCAGUUACAGGUUAUGACCUGAGUGAGAUUAUUCGUUACAUACAGUCAUAGGAUUUUGUUUUUGAGUUUUAAGCGUAUGAAUGUAAAUUUAAUAUAUGGAUUUUUUGUAUACUUGGUAAUAAUGGACAUAGCAUACUUUUGAGAGUUUUUGUGUCACUUCUCUAUGUAUCUCUGAAGCGUUAAAAUAAGAAGAGCAAGCAAAGAAAACGUGUUCAGUGUUUUUGUACAUAAUAAUGCACAACAUGUGUGAGACUACAAGUGCCGAAUCCAAGAGCAACGCCAGAUGGGGCUGUACGUUAAAUAUUUGUGGCACGCGCUCACAGUGUAAUUGCUAACUAAUUCCACUGGAGAGCAGUGUAGAGUAACUUUAUGCACAGAAGACAGAGUCUUCCAGAAAAUGCCAGUCAGGAUGGGAUGAUACGUGCAGACUACGG